CUUGGGAUCGUUGAUGUCCCAGAAACAGAAAGGUAAAAAAAAACCAAACACAACGCUUUUGUGAUGCUGUGGAGACGCUGGGUGCUUCGUGCUCCCGUAAUGCUUUAAACGAUCCCACCUGGCCAAGGGCUUUUCUCGUUCGCUCCUCUCCCCUGGGAAAGGCGCUCCGUUUCCCUCUCUAACGCGAAAUAAAGCCGGCCCUGCAGCCGCACCGAGACGGGAUGCAGAAAAAACAGUGAAGGACGGAGUAGAGAGAUAAGCAGCAACAUGGCAGCCCAUGCAGAAGACUAUCUCGAAUCGCUGCUCAUUGAUGCCUUUAAGGGGAAGGGGUACCAAAAGAUAAGUGACCUGCUGCAAGAGAGAGAGACAGACACGCUGCAAAAGUACAGUAGCUCUCUCCUUAGCCAGCUCGACAAAGCACUGAGAAGGGAGCUGGACAGGAAUGACUUCCACAACGUGUCCCUUCUGCUGAAGUGCAUCCAGCUCUACUUCAAGAGUGAUCUCCAGCAGGGGACGAGCUUGUUCAUUGAGCAAGGACUUGUAGAAAAGAUGGUAUCUUGGUUUGAAAGAGCAAGAACAUUUGUGAUCCUCAUUGACCCAACUGAAAAUAGUUUUUUGAUGGUACUUCUGGAAGACUUCUUUGACUCUGCAUUGGUGAUUUGCAAGUGCAGUAACGAAGGGAAGAAGCAGUUGGUGAACUUGUUUCUGCCUGAGCUAGGGCGUCUGGUGACAGAAGCAAGCGUUUGCUGUGCCCUGCGGCAGGAGGCUUUGAGGACUCUCAACUCUAUACUUGAUAGCAUCCCACGUGAGAGCAGGAAGAAACUCCCGCUGUCGGAGGAGGUGUGUUUCCUUACGAAGGAUCUUGCCAAAACAAUGCUGGAGGCUGGUGAUUAUGACCUUCAGGUUGCCCUUUCAGAAGCACUCUGUAGGCUAACGAUAAAAAAAUGGAGAGAUGACCUUGUUAACCACUGGUUUGAAGAUAAAUAUCUUGCUGAAGCUUUCAAAGAGAUCAAGGAUAAAGAAUUUGAGACGGACUGCAGGAAAUUUCUUAACCAGUUAAAUGAAAGGCUUGGGGAUAAAAGAAGAGUCUAUUCAUUUCCUUGCCUGUCUGCUUUUGCUGAUGUGAGCCAGGUGAAGAAGCCAUCAGAUGAGAAGCUGGACAAGUUCUGGAUUGACUUCAACACUGGCAGUCACAGUGUGACUUUUUACAUAGAUAGUACUGAGGGUGUUCUUUGGGACUCUGUAAGGCUGCAGAAAGAAGCAGUCAGCUGUUACAGUCUGAAGGAGGAUGGUGGAGAAAAGAUAGUCAAAAUUUAUAUGAAGAUACCUGCUACUCUUAACAAAACAGAAGUAACAAAAAUCAAGUUACAUUUCAGUGCUGAGUAUGAAAUCUUUAGUAUACUUAAAAAAGUCCUUGGAGAUGAGAAAAUGAUGACAAACGUGGGUGAGGAGGAGCCCAUCCGCAAUGAGAAGCAAACCAGGCAGAGUGAAGAAGUGACAUCUCAGUCCAGUGAUCUACAGAAGAAAGAUCCUGAAAACUUAGAAAACAUGGAUUCCAUAGCAGAAAACUUGAUCUCGCAGCACAACGAGCAGUCAGUGGGCACUGUAGCACAGGAAAUGUCUAACUCUGUUGCCACCAUGACUGCAGUGAACCAGCAGUCUGGCCUGGAUGAAGCUGACCAAGGCUCAGCAAACAAGUCCAAAACUCUGUCUCCAAGGAUGGAUAUGAAGUCUAGUGGGAAGCCAUCAGAAGAGAAACUUACGGAAGCAUCAACACCCAAGGUUGGUACCUUGGAAAGGAGAACCAGAACAAAAGGUUUGGUCAAGCAGAAGACUGGAGGCAGGAAGGACUGCUAUGACUUUGAGGUCUCGGACUCUGCAAGUCAUGAGAAGGUUUCUGAAGCCAAAGAGAAGGCUUUCAGGAAGAAAAAUUAUUCACAAAAUCAGAGUUACAGGAAGCAUCUCUUCUCUGAAAGCAAUAAUGAAAAAACAAGCAACAGUGAGAGUGAGAAAAGCUGGAUCGUCAACUCCCACAAAGAGCCACUGCCAACAUCUUCCAACUACACCCGAAAAAGGCGCAGGGUGAGAAGAAAAUUAAAAGUGCUUCCAGUGUCAUCUCCAAGCAGCGGCAAUGAAAACCAGAUGGAAGAGAGAACAGCAAGACGAAAAGAUGAAAAGAAAGUGUCAAGGAAAAAACACACAUCCACCUCUAAGGGAGAUGAUUUACCUACCGUGGAUCUUGCUGGUGACGUGCCAUCAGAGGAGCCCACAUGGCAGCUACUGGAUGUGUCUAUGGAGGAGCACUCUGUUGUAGAGAAGGAUGUGACACAGAAGUUUCACGAUGUGUCUGGUGAAGAGACAAGAGAAGAAGAAAGCUUUAAGCGGAAGGACUCGGAUGCAUUAAGUGGCACUGUUGUGAAGAAGCCCAGGUUUCUCAGCUCGGAAACCAAGCACUUGUCCUCUGAGUCACCCUCUAAACCAAAGAAACUUUUGAACUCAGUUGAGAACGAAGAGCAGAUGAAGAGAGGUCAGGAGAUGCUUGAUGUGAGCACUGCCUUUUUUUCCAAGAUGCAGCACAAAGAUUUUGGUGAUUCAGGAGUGAUUGCUGUAUUCGAAAGUUUUACCAACCAGCUAAAGCAACUGUUCUGGUCCAGGUACAAAGAGAUGGAGAUGUCUGCACAGAACACGCUGAAGACUUCUGAGAAGAAUGUUUCUGCUCUGCUGAAAGAGAUUCACAAGUGCAGACUGAACAAGCUGGAAGCGUUCAAGAAGAUUGUUGUGGAAGAGCUUGCCAGCCUUGAGAAAGAUACUCAGAUCUUGAGGAACAUGGAGAAGGAUGCAGUGGAAUUCUGGAACGCACAGCUGCACAAACUGAAUUCUUUCUGCAACCAGCAGAAGCAAAGGAUUCAGUCUGUUGAUUCAGCCCUGGGUGAGACAGCUGAGAGUUUUGCCAGUACGAUUGUCAACACCACACACAAUGUCUCAAUGAAGACUGCAGUAGAGAAUGGUGUGUUUGUUGUUCCUUCUGACUAGCAGCCCUCUGAUUCACUGGAGUGUUUGAAAAUGCAGAUAAGAUGAUCUCGUGAAGGAGAUGAUAAUCUAUUUUAAAUGGAAAGAAAAAUGAGGAGAGAGAAAGUAACAUUGAUAGUGAGUUUUUGUUGUUAUUUGGUUUAAGAAUAGCUUAUGCUGGUUGAAUUGUUCCAUUUUGACCUGUGUCUAAAAUGUUGUUCCUGCAAAACUGUAAGAUAGGCUCAUUAAAUACCAAAGAAAUAGAAAAUGAACUAAGUAUAAUGACUCAGCCAACAAACUGAUGCACAUGGGCCACUAAGCUCUGGACUGCAGAGAAGAAAGCAUGAAUGGAUCUACUGGAUUUUGGCCAUGUGCCUGGUGGCAUUCUGCAGACUAAAGGGCAACAAACCUGGAGCAUUGCAGACAUAAAGGCAAGUGAAACUAGAGAAAUUAUUUCUAAAUCCAGUAAUUAUUGCUUGCUGUACUUUGUACUCUCCCAGAAGCCAAUGUUAGGAUUAGAUAAGUAACACCAAAGGUCUCUUGAAAACGAACAGCAGAUAAACUGUGCUAUUUAACAUCAUCCUCUCUUUCAACAAGUUGGUUUCCUAAAUUGCAGUUGCUCUUCACAGCAUUAAAUGCAGCUUGUGACAAACUUCACUUGUGCUGCUGCAUCUUAAUGAAUGUGUGGGAAUGUGGCGUGGUUCCAAGCUCUGUUUCUACCUACUUGCCUUGCAAAACAGACCUCAUGUUGCCAUGUGAGUUAGAACCAAGGGAAUCUCCCCUGCACACAUUGUGCCUGCAUGGCAGAAGUCCAGCUCUGCCACAGUUGUUUCAUCACUGAAAGCCUUCAGGUAGCUGAGCUUGCUUCCUCUCAAAAAGGUUGCAGUGUUAUACCUGAACUGAGAACAGUGAAAAUCCACAGCUGCUAUUGCUGAAACACUUCCUGCACGUGUAGUGCUUGUUCCUUUUGCUGAAGUAUUCCUGGGCUGGUGUGAGAUAAGGCUGCACUUCCCUUUAUGUCAAGGGGUGGCUGGUUCUUUCCAAGUUGAUUUAAAAGCAAAGACUUAUUCACUCCUGCCUUUCCUACAGAUCCAGAACCACUGGUCUGCCUUCUGCCAUUUGUAAUGUGUGAAAGACUGGAGCUGCUAUUUUGUGACUGUUGGUUUGCCUGUAUUUCCUUGAGGGCUGUCCCUGUUUACCUGACUGUGGUGCAUCCCUCUGCUGCUCUGCAGGAUCUUUACAGCAGUCACUGAAACUCUGCUUUUGUAACCUGUGACCAUGGGCACUGUCACCUCCUUUGAGGGACAGAUGUUGUCUUGGCUGGCUUAGGCUUGUUCACCUCCUUCAACAGCAUGUUCAUUGUGCAAAGGGAAGGUUUGACACAGGAAUCAUAGUGGGAAAUAAGGGCUCUCCCUGACUUAGGUAUCCUUUUUUUUUUGCCUCAAACUAUGAUAGCAAUGGCCAUUCAUUUCUGAGAUCAUUUUUGGUGGUUUUACUUGCUCUCCAGGUUAGAGCAGCCAAGCACGCAAGUUUUGUGAGCACAAGGGAAUAGAUAUUGCAAGUUCUGUUUUGCUAUGUCUCCCCACUGUUGGUGAAUGGUGAUAGAACACCAUUUUCAUAUCACUUAUAAAUGUAAAAAUAGGCACAUUUCUCAUGUAAUUAUCUGUGGUAGGGCACUUAGAGGAAUAAAACUGCUGCAUAGUGUAUUUCUUGUUGAAUCCCUGUGUAAUCUGUCAGUAAAAAGUUUGGAAGGUGUGUUGAGCAGUUCAGGUGGCUUGAAUAAAGGAGAAAACAUCCUCUUUCACUGAAGCAUGUAUGCAACAAUGGUAACUUUUAUUGCUUUUAAUUAUUUUACUGGACCCCAUAAGGCUGCUUUCCCUGUUAGGGUAGGAUGGGAGAGGGGAUAGAGCUGCCAUAUAGCUUAAAUGACACUUUCCCCACCAGUUCUUUUCUAUCCUUUUAUAUAAAGAAUGUAAUCUGUUGAGCAGCAUAACAAGUUAAGCCUGACAAGCUCGGAACUGCCUGAGCUGGGAGGGUGUGCUGGAAGCUUUGGUCUUUCCCAGUGGUCUUCACAUUUGUGCCAGCAGCAUGUACAAGACAACAUCUGGGUCAGGAAUGGUCUCCUGUGUUUGGGCAGCCUGUCUCGUGCCAUUUCCCAUGCUGCUGGGUCAGUGUGGUAGCUGAAGUCCACUUGGCUUCUGCAGGUGAUGUAUUGCAAAAUGGCCUUGUGCAAGUUACCCUAAAGUUUUCCACAAAAGAUCUGUUUGCUGACCCUGGUUUUUCUGUUGUUUGAUUUCUUCUGAGCUGGUCUUAUCACUUACUGAUGCUUUUCAUCAGCUCAGUGGUGCUCUUGUAAGAAUUACUGAGUAAGUUACUUUUUUCCCCUCCCUUUUUUUUGAAAGUAGAUAAAGCCCAAUUUUCAUCCUGUUCUUCUGAGCAAGAACAACAAAGAUGAGUUUCACCCCUGGGUGCUGAAGAUGUGUGAAGGCAUCAAUAUCCAGAGA